AUGGGGGUAGCAGGGACCCAGGCACUGUGCCCAUCCCCCCUGCCAUGUGGGAACUGCGAUCAGCCUCCUUUUGGAGGGCCAUAUUCGCUGAAUUCUUUGCCACCCUCUUCUAUGUCUUCUUUGGGCUGGGGUCCUCACUGCGUUGGGCUCCUGGAUCCCUGCAUGUUCUGCAGGUGGCUAUGGCAUUUGGUUUGGCCCUGGCUACACUGGUGCAGUCUGUGGGCCACAUCAGUGGAGCCCACGUCAAUCCUGCAGUCACUUUUGCUUUCCUUGUGGGCUCCCAGAUGUCCCUGCUCCGUGCCUUCUGCUAUAUGGCAGCCCAGAUCCUGGGAGCUGUGGCUGGGGCCGCUGUGCUGUAUAGCGUUACCCCACCUGCCAUCCGAGGAAACCUAGCACUCAACACGUUGCACCCUGCAGUGAGCGUGGGCCAGGCAACCACAGUGGAGAUCUUCCUGACGCUCCAGUUUGUGCUCUGCAUCUUUGCCACAUAUGACGAGAGGCGGAAUGGCCAACUGGGCUCUGUGGCCCUGGCCGUUGGCUUCUCCCUUGCCCUGGGGCACCUCUUUGGGAUGUAUUAUACUGGUGCAGGCAUGAAUCCUGCCCGCUCCUUUGCUCCUGCCAUUCUCACUGGGAACUUCACUAACCACUGGGUGUACUGGGUAGGCCCAAUCAUUGGAGGGGGUCUGGGCAGCCUCCUGUACGACUUUCUUCUCUUCCCCCGGCUCAAGAGUAUUUCUGAGAGACUGUCUGUCCUCAAGGGUGCCAAACCCGAUGACUCCAAUGGACAACCAGAGGUCACAGGGGAACCUGUUGAACUGAACACCCAGGCCCUGUAGAAGCUCCAGCUGAAUAGAGGGAGUAGAAAGCUUCUGAGUUUACGUGGAGGGGUUGAGCCAGCCCCUAGAUGAAGAAAGAGACUGUGGGGAGGGGCAUGUACUUCUUUAUUUUUUAACUUAUGUAUGUGGUUGUUUUUUUUUUUUUCUUUUGCUGUGUGAAAUCUUUCAAGUUGCAUUCAUGAGCUGGUUGGUGCAAACUUCCCUUCCUCCCCAUCCCACCUCCCUUCGCCGUGUGUGCUGAUUGUGCAUAUGAAUGUGAGUGUGGCUGUGUCUGAGUUUUGGGGCAUGAGAGCUAAGGAAGCAAAAAGAGGUGCCAUCCUAUACCUCCCUUCCUCGACCCGGUAUGGUGAGUACUGGGUAACCAAUACCUUAAGUUUCUGGCCUUUACCCUGCUGCCAGUCAAGUGUGUGGCUCUUGAUUUCUGAGGGAACAGAGAAGCAGGGAGUUACUCCUCACAUGAGGCAGAUGGAGAGAAGUGGAGGAGACAAGGCUUCCAAGGGUUAGGAGAAGGGACUCAAGGGAGAUGGGUGGUGAAAAUGGAGGUAUUAGCCCCAGAUCAGGAUGUAGGUGUACCAAAGAAUUGGGGGGAAGUUAAUGGGAAUAUAUAGCCUACUUAUGUCAGGGAUGCUUGCCCCAGGGACUUGGGUGGGGAAGUAGCUCUGAGAAAAGUGAACACUAGGAUUUAGCUAUUCUGUAAAGCCACAUAGACCUGUCUACAUCCGCUGGCUGGUUGUUUUCAUUCUGGCAUAAUGGAUCUCUUCAGAGGUCCUGGGCCAAGGAGCUUCCAACCUAAAUAGGGCUUGGGCAAGCCUAGAAUCCAGAAAAAUUAAGCAGCUUAACUGGUCAGCCUGACAUCCACUGUUGUGGCUGCCUGGCAGAUGGUAUUUAAGCCCCACAAUUGUUCCCUAAGGCCAACACAGGAAAUCUGAUUCCUGGAGCAAUAAAUGAAUGGGUGGUAGUAGGGGGCAUGAGGGGAGAGGCUUUGACUCUGUUCUAAUUUAUUUAGAGCAAAUCAAAACACUCCUCAAAUGGCAUCUUUCUGCUUUUAUCACUAGUUCCGUGUUUUUUUUGUUUUGUGUCUUGUGUAUUUUCAUUUCUCUGUCAUCUGUCCUUUCAUCUUGAAGCAAAUGUCUUCUAACUCUCUCAUACCUCAGAAAUUGAUUCCUUCUAUUCAAAUGCUUAAUAAUUCAGGAGAUUAUUAUUUGUUUGAGCCCUAUCUUCUUCUUUUUUUUUUUUUUGAGAGGGGGGUCUUACUAUGUUGACCAGGUUGGAGUGCAAUGGAUAUUCACAGGCACGAUCAUCGCACACUACAGUCUAGAAAUCCUGGGCUCAAGCGAUCUUCCUGCUUCAGCCUCCCCAGUAGCUGGGAUUACAGGGGGCCAGAGCAGAGCCCUAUUAUCUUUUCCUUUUGGCAAGAUCUUCUGAGCAGAGGCCAGAAGAGACCCUCAACUGAUCAAUGAAUAUUUACGGUUGCUUUCUUCCUUUUAUGAGCCUCUUGCAUACUUUGAAAGCUUUAAACUUAUACCUAUAAUACAACGGACACCCCCUAUCCCAGAAGACCAUUCCUCUCUGUACUUCAGCUCUUUACUUCCUCCCAAAUAAAACCUAACUUUUCUAACUAACUAUUUAAGACUUGGAAUAGUCCGCUUGACUAGAAGAAGGGGAAGAAUGUUUGUAAAUUCACCUCUAAUCGGACUUUAAUUCUACUAUAAUUCAGCAGAAAAUUCAUAGCGCUGUGAGUUUUAGAUCGACCUCACAUAAAACAGUCCCUGCACUCGCUUCCCUUUUCCUUCCUUCUUCA